AUCGCACUUCCUGGGAUAAUCGAAAGAAAGUGUACUUCAUAUCGCUGAUAAAUGGCCAACCUUGGUUCGACAAUGCCGACUGUGGUGUUGCGUUCCAAGUGGAAAAGAAGCGGCAUCCGGUCGACCGUAGGAAGUUGGACAUCACUAUUGAUGUUGAUCUCAAGUUAGC